CUUGGAGCACUGCCAGCUCAUCCCCUACCUGGGGACUGCGAUGGCAGGCCCAUACCAGGAGCCAAGAGAUCGGCCCCUUGGCUUUGAUGCCAAGGCACCUCCUUUGUAUUCAUAAUUAAAAUGGCAAAAGCAUCUCCUGAUGGUUCUGAGAAACUGGUCAUCAUCCACUCCAAAGCUCACAAAGAUAUCAUUCUAGCUAAUUUUGAAGAACAGAGGAAAAAGGAUUUUCUUUGCGACAUUACUUUGAUAGUGGAGAAUGUGCAAUUCAGAGCCCAUAAAGCCUUGCUGGCUGCCAGCAGUGAAUACUUCUCGAUGAUGUUUGUAAAUGAGGGUGAAAUAGGACAGUCGGUUUACAUGUUGGAGGGAAUGGUUGCAGACAUCUUUGGAGUUCUGCUGGAAUUCAUCUACACUGGUUGCCUCUGUGCCAGUGAGAAAAGCACAGAACAAAUCCUGGCUACUGCACAGCUGCUGAAAGUUACUGACUUGGUAUGGGUCUGUACAGACUACCUGGCCAGCUGUAGCCCAGGUAAUGCAUUGCCAGCUCCAGCUAACAGUGGAGCCUCUGUAGCUGUUGUUGCAAGUGACAACAAAAAUGAAGACCCACCAAAGCGAAAACGAGGGCGACCAAGGAAAAUCAAGGUUGUCCAAGAAGAAGAAGAAGAAUUGGGAGCAAAUUCUGCCGAAGAUGUGCAGCUGAGAGAGAACAACUCCAUGCAAAAUAAGCAGAAUUUUGUGAAACAAGAUACUGCAGCAGAAGAAGCAGUUGCCAGUGAACAGGCUUCAGUGAGGAAAGAUGGAGAAGAAGCUGAACCUGCGUGUGGCUCAGAGGCUGCCAUUGAUCUCUCAGCUGAGAAAGAUGAAAACUAUGAUCCCAAAUCUGAGGGAAUACAGAGUACUCAAAGCCGUUACAGCAAACGCAGAAUAAGGAGAUCAGUCAAACUAAAGGAUUAUAAGCUUCUCGGGGAUGAAGAUGAAAAAGGACUGGCAAAGAGAACCGAUGGAAAAAGAAAACGUGCGGGUUCUGAAGCUCGCUGUAAAGACUGUGGCAAAGUAUUUAAGUAUAAUCACUUCUUAGCUAUUCACCAGCGAAGUCAUACAGGAGAGCGUCCUUUUAAGUGCAGUGAGUGUGGCAAAGGCUUUUCCCAGAAGCAUUCUCUUCAGGUCCAUGAGCGAAUGCACACUGGGGAACGGCCAUACACGUGCACCGUCUGCAGUAAGGCUCUGACAACAAAGCAUUCUCUUCUGGAGCACAUGAGCUUACAUACAGGGCAGAAGGCUUUCACAUGCGAUCAGUGUGGGAAAUACUUCAGCCAAAAGAGACAGCUCAAGAGCCACUAUCGAGUACACACAGGCCGUUCACUGCCGGAAUGUAACCAGUGUCGUCGCAAAUUCAUGGAUGCAGCUCAGUUAAAGAAACAUCUAAGAACACAUACAGGUGAGAAGCCCUUCACUUGUGAGAUUUGUGGCAAAUCAUUUACAGCUAAAAGUUCACUUCAGACUCACAUUAGAAUUCACAGAGGAGAAAAGCCAUAUUCUUGUGGUAUAUGUGGAAAAUCCUUCUCUGAUUCCAGUGCUAAGAGAAGACACUGUAUCUUACACACAGGCAAGAAGCCUUUCUCCUGUCCAGAAUGCAGUUUGCAGUUUGCUCGUCUGGACAACCUGAAGUCUCACUUGAAAAUUCACAGCAAGGAAAAGCAGUUUCAGGAAGCCAGCGCUGCCCGGAGCACCAACACUCACCCAGAAGUGAGAAACAUACUGCAGCUGCAGCAGUACCAACUUGCCACCUCUGGAGGGCAGGAAAUUCAACUGCUGGUUACAGAUGCCGUGCACAACAUCAACUUCGUGCCUAGCCAUAAUCAAGGCAUUAGUAUUGUCACUGCAGAAGACGCCCCAAACAUGACAACAGAGCAGGCCGCGAACCUCACGCUGCUUGCGCAGCCACCACAGCAGCUGCAAAACUUGCUGCUUUCAGCUCAGCAGGAGCAACCAGAACAAAUCCAAAGUAUCAGUAUGAUGGCAAACCAAAUAGAGGCUGCCCAGCCUGAACAAAUGCAUGUAAUCACUCUUUCCAAGGAAGCACUAGAACAUCUCCAUGCUCAUCAAGGACAAAAUGAACAAAUCCACUUAGCAGGAUCUUCACAUCCAGCUCAGCGUGUGCAGCUGGCUCAGGAAUCAAGUCAACGGCCUCACUCUAGCCAGGAUACAGUUUCUUCCCAUCAAAUCAGUGAAGAACAGAAUCAAAGUGUGCAUGUUUCUGAAUCCCAUCAGCAGUCUCUGUCAGUAAAUGAGUCAUCUUGUGAGCAUCCUACCCAAGGACAGGCUUUCUGAAACACAUGUUUGCCAUCAGACAGCUAGGCCAUAGCAUGCUUUUCAUCCAGACAGGGAUUACAUGUACUGUUGUUAUUUUUCUGCAGCGUAAUCUAUCUGAGGAUGCAUUUCUUGGUGAUUUUAGAUGGGUGACUCAGUUUUCUUAACCUUAUUUAUAUUUAGACUUUUUUCAUUUUUCCUCACAAAUGAUUAAUGUGGG